ACUUUUACUGAUUUAAGGGGCAUAACCUUAACAUUAUUUAUACAUUGUCUUUUCUUUUUUCCUUCUGUGCAGACUGACAGCAACGUUGUCGCGCUGAUGGAUGAUGCAGCGCUGGCAAAUUACAUCCCCUCCUAUGGAGACCGAAUUGCCCUCUUCAAUUUCUGCAGAAGUCUCCUCUCAAAAUGACUGGAUAGAUUACAUCAGUUCUGCUGCUCACAACAAUGCCAGCAAUGUCAGAUUUGGAUGAUCAUAUCAAACUGUACUUCAGACUUUCUUUCAGUAAUAAAGAAAUACUUGCUAUUUUAGCACAUAACAAUCAGACAGUAAUAAGUGUCCGAACUUUAAAGAGAAUUUGUAAAAGACUUGGUCUGUUCAGGAGGAAGAAUCAGUCUGACUUGGAGCAAGUGCUGGCUUUUGUCCAACAUGAAAUCAUGACCAAUGGUCAGAUGCAGGGUUAUCGGUGGCUACAUCUUCGUGCAGUUCAACAGGGAUUUGUUGUGUCACAAGAUACCAUAAGACGCAUCAUCAAACUGGUUGAUCCGCAAGGUGUGGAAUUAAGACGAGCACGACGCUUGAGAAGACGUCAGUACAGCUGCAGAGGGCCAAAUGCGCUGUGGCACAUGGAUGGCUAUGACAAAUUAAAGCCCUAUGGCAUUGCCAUCAGUGGCUGUAUAGAUGGUUUUAGUCGCUAUGUGUUAUGGAUGGAGGCCUAUACCACGAACAGCGACCCUAAAGUAGUUGCAAGUUACUUCAUCAAAACAGUUUCAUACAUAGGUGGAUGUCCAGAGAGGAGACACCACCCAGACAGUUUUGCAGGGGAGAGAAGUUUCCUUUAUGGAAGAAGCACAGCAAACCAGCGCAUUGAGGGAUGGUGGGGUACCCUCCGCAAACAGAGUGCGCAGUUCUGGAUGAACUUAUUUCAAUCUUUCCAGGAUGAUGGCCACUUCACAGGAGACUUUUUGGACAAAAGUCUUAUACAGUUCUGUUUCCUUAAUCUUGUUCAGACAUCCAGAAAGGGAGGAUCAGCUUCUCCAACUUCUCAGGGACCUAAGGACCAUGCCCAAAGCCAUGGUGAAGAUGUUGGGGUGACCUGAACUGUUUGUAUUACAUCGUCCCAACCAAAUUAUUCAGCAUUGCUGUCAGUUAGCUUUUCAACAGUUGAAUAUUUGGGAUACAUCUAAGUACAUGAAGACAUAAACGGAUAAUAUGGACAUCAAGAAUCUCUAGAGAACUGUCUACUGCUAUGGUGGAGAGAACAGUGUAAUCUAUCAUUUGUUAUUCAUCAGCGUGAUUAUUCAUGCGUAUAACAUACCUAAACAAUUUUGAGUCUGAACUCUCUGUGAUUCAUAUGAUUUGGUUCCAGCCAAGCUAAUAUUGAAAGGUUUAGGUGAAGUUUGAAAGAAAACUACAACUACAUUUUUAUAAACAGGCAAUAAGUGAAAUAUUUUUUAAGAAAUACACUGAUGCUAAAAUGGGGACAAAUGAAUGUAUUAAGUACUAUUCUGUAUGCAGUGAGGAUAUUUGAGGAAUAAACUGUGUUCUAAAGCUUUUAAGCAGUGGAACAACUUAAUUAAACAUUAGAGUAUUUUGCUAAAAAUGUAUCGAUAAAAAUAUAGGCUUUCAUAUUCUAUAUAUUCCUUAGAAAUGUCUGACCCUCAGCAGCACCAUUUUCAGGUGAUUUUUCUGCAUCUUUAAAUGACUUGUUGUAAAUUCAGAGCCUUAUUCUCACAAUGCAGUGUGUAUUACUGUCCACACACUUCUUUCAUAAUUAUUUUUAUUGCCAGCUGAUUUGUGUCCAAUAUGAAUACUACAACAUAUAAAAUGCUUGGUAACAUUCUCAAAUAAAUGUAUUUUAAACCUCA